AAGCGAACGGCCAUUGCUUUUAAUGCACGUGGCAGAUUUCUCAGAUUCCCGACAACGUCCCAGGGGUACAAUGGGAACUUCAAGUGUUAUCUUCCUUCCACCGCACUCUCGGCUCAACGAAUUAGAAAAAGUGUGUGAGAGAGAGAGAGGCGCUUCCCUACGAGAUUUGCGGGACCAAAUCAAUGCCCACUGGUCCCCUCCUCCUUCAGAGAGAGUGUGAGAGAGAGAGCCCAUGGAGAAUUUUUAGUGAGAGAGAAGAUAUCAUCAAGCUGAGUAAAACGACGACGAUGAAGCAGCAGUAGGAUGGAGUCGAAGACGAAGAAGAAUGGAUUAGAGCUUCUGUAGAAACGGCGUCGCUUUGGGGGAAGAAGACAACUCAACAAGGAAAACGAGUUCGAGUUUCCUCUGCUUAAAGAGCUCAUUUCGAUCUGACAAGUGACAAAUGGGGGCGAUUGCUGGAGAAGAGCUGAAGAAAAUGGAGAAGACACAGGUACCUGUAGCCCGGGAAGAGAAGAUAUUGGUUCUAGUGAGACUGAGACCUCUGAACGAAAAAGAGAUCUUGGCUAAUGAAGCUGCAGAUUGGGAAUGCAUCAAUGACACAACCGUAUUGUACAGAAACACGUUGCGUGAAGGCUCAACUUUUCCUUCCGCAUACUCAUUUGAUAGAGUGUACCGAGGUGAAUGCCCAACCAGACAAGUUUACGAGGAUGGUCCUAAGGAAGUUGCUCUCUCGGUUGUCAAAGGAAUCAAUUCUAGCAUAUUCGCAUAUGGGCAGACGAGCAGUGGAAAGACAUACACGAUGACUGGUAUAACUGAGUAUGCCGUGGCUGAUAUAUUUGACUAUAUAUUUAAGCAUGAAGAUAGGGCGUUUGUUGUGAAAUUUUCGGCUAUAGAAAUCUACAAUGAGGCCAUAAGAGAUCUUCUCAGCCCCGAUAGUACGCCACUGAGGCUACGAGACGACCCUGAGAAAGGGGCCGUCGUUGAAAAAACCACAGAGGAAGUCCUGAGAGACUGGAACCAUUUGAAGGAUCUUAUCUCUGUUUGUGAAGCUCAGCGGAAGAUUGGUGAAACAUCAUUGAAUGAGAGAAGUUCAAGAUCUCAUCAGAUUAUCAAACUAACAGUUGAAAGCUCAGCUCGUGAGUUCUUAGGCAAAGAAAACUCAACCACUCUCAUGGCGAGUGUGAAUUUCAUUGAUUUGGCCGGAAGUGAGCGCGCAUCGCAAGCCUUAUCAGCUGGUACAAGACUUAAGGAGGGCUGCCAUAUCAAUCGAAGUUUGUUGACUCUAGGAACUGUGAUACGCAAACUCAGCAAGGGAAGGCAAGGACACAUCAACUAUAGAGACUCCAAGCUCACACGCAUUCUUCAGCCAUGCUUGGGGGGCAAUGCCAGAACCGCCAUAGUCUGCACACUUAGUCCAGCAAGGAGCCAUGUGGAGCAGACUAGAAACACCCUCUUGUUUGCCUGCUGUGCCAAGGAAGUCACCACCAAGGCGCAGAUCAAUGUUGUCAUGUCAGACAAGGCUUUGGUGAAGCAACUACAGCGUGAGCUAGCCAGGCUUGAGAGCGAGCUGAGAAACCCAGGCCCUGCCACCACAAGCUGCGAUUGUGGGGUUGCGAUGAGAAAGAAAGAUCUUCAGAUACAAAAGAUGGAGAAGCAGCUCGCAGAAAUGACUAAACAGCGGGAUCUUGCUCAGUCUCGUCUUGAAGAUUUCAUGAGGAUGGUCGAACAUGAUGAGUCUUCGAAGGCUGGAACUCCACAUUUCCGAAACCGUACCAACAAGUGGGAGGAUGCUUCAGUGUCAGAGACAUCAGGUGUGGUUGAUCCAGACAGGUCCAGUUUCAUAUCAGAUGGCACGUCAACGCCUCUGUCCACGGCAAGAGCUCCUGUUAGGUCUCACUAUGACGAGGAUCUGGAGGAGAAAUUGUCACCUGGUUGUUCAGGAGAUCAAUCAGAAGAUUACUGCAAAGAAGUACAGUGCAUUGAGAUGGAAGCUAGUGACAUUAUUAACAACGAUGAAGAAAGGACAGAUGCAGAAUCACCUCUGCGCCACAGUACAGCGGCAAACGGUGAAGCAGGUAUUGCGCAAAACAGGAACCCGUCAAGUGUUAGAAGCGUCAGGGUGAGGAAGAGUUGGAGCCGCGGAGAUACCAUGCCGGGCGCAAGCACUCCUCCUGAUGCCCUGGAGAUAGACUACCCUGGAAGACCAGAAGGUCAUGGUAUUGCGUUUCCUGGUUUAGAGUUCGGUUCUGGUAAGAAGUUGUUGAGGAAUGAUUCAAUGUCCUCUCGCGGAAGCGAUUCCACUGAGGCUCACAGCGUUGGAACACCGAUGGUGGGAGAAGAUGGAGGCAUCACCAGCAUCAGAUCAUUUGUUGAAGGACUCAAGGAGAUGGUUUCGGAUCCUGAGAAUUCAGGGAAAAUUGGGAAGGACACUGGUCCGGACGCUGUGGACAAGGAGGUUUCUGGGACAAUGACGAACUGGUCAGAUGAGUUCGACAGACAGAGAGAACAAAUUCUGGGGCUGUGGGAGACAUGUCAUGUCUCGUUGGUGCAUAGAACAUACUUCUUCUUGCUCUUCACGGGGGAUCAAGCGGAUUCGAUAUACAUCGGAGUAGAGCUAAGAAGGCUCUCCUUUAUGAAGGAAAGCUUCUCUCAGGGGAACCAAGCCUUCGAAAGAGGACAAACACUCACAGUAGCUUCAAGCCUGAAGGCGCUUCAGAGGGAGAGACGGAUGCUAAGCAAGCUGGUCGGGAAGAGGUUUUCUGGAGAAGAAAAGAGGAGACUCUACGAUAAGUUCGGGAUCGACGUGAACUCGAAACGCCGGAGGUUGCAGCUGGCGAACCAGCUGUGGAGUAAGCCCAAGGACAUAACCCACGUGGUCGACAGCGCAGCCGUCGUAGCGAAGCUCGUUAGGUUCGUGGAGCAAGGAAGAGCUAUGAAGGAGAUGUUUGGUCUGAGCUUCACCCCUCCGCUCCCGACAACUCGGAGAUCACUUAGCUGGAGAAAAAGCAUGGCUACGAUUUUCUAAUAGUGACAAACACGAUGGUUUCUCAAGUUGCAUGUGUAAAUCUUUCUAGGUGGUUUUGGUGUUUGAUGAAAAAGGUUUCUUAGAUGUUUUUUCAAGGCUUUAAAGCUCUUAAAAAGGGAUGGAUAUUUUUGUUUCUUGUACUUUUGUGGGGCUUUUGAUUUGUAAACAGACAAUUAUCUAAUUCUUGAUGUCUUCUGGUUGAUAUCGACUGGUCUAAAAUCUCAUCAUGGUUAGUUACGAGUUCAA